AUGAACUGCUCCAAUAUCAACGGCUACAAUGCCUUCUUCGUACCGGCCUAUGACGUCGUUGCAACCACCCUCUCGCUCCUCAGGCACGCCGAGUCAGCCCCCAAUGCCUCGUCCCUCCUGGCCGCACGCACACACGAAACCAUGAUGCCGCUGAGCGCUCACUGCGGAAUCGUCGCCACCUGCGUAUACAAGCUCGUCUCACGCGUGUGCAAUCGUCUACUAGCCGCACAGGCGCUCCUCACCGCCACGGACAAGGACGUGGUCAACGCCCGCAUCGCCACGGGGACUCUGAUGCCGCCCUCUGACGAUGGGGAGACUGAGGUUUCAGUGCACGUGUAUGUUUCGUCGUUCAACUUGCCCUACCUCUUUUUUCACCUUGUUACCAUCUACAAUAUUCCUCGCGAGGAGGGUGUGGACCCUGGGCAAAAUGGACUUUAUGGCUGUUUUUAA